AUGAGGCUGCUGGCAUUCUCCUCUGUCCUCUCCCUCCUUUCCGCCGUUCACGCUGUGGAGCCCUCUGGUGGCGACCUUUACCCACCCGGACUCUUGCCAUUAAUCAACCGCGCGAAUGUACUGCUUUCUACUGGGCAGUUCAAUGAAGCUGCUAAAGUGUAUACGGAGGCCAUUGAACAGUCGCCCACGGAUUAUCUAUUAUUCUACAAGCGCGCCACGGCCUACUUCUCCUUGAACCGACACUCGAGUGCUUUAGACGACUUCGAGAAAGUCCUCUCCUUGACAUCGAAUACGUUCGAUAAUGCACAUUUGAUGAAGGCACGCAUCCACACCAAGGACGGGCAUUUCGCAGAUGCUCGUACGGCUCUGAAAUAUUACGCGAAAGCCAAAGCUGACUCCACUGCGGACGAGCUGCUCAACGACAUAAACUUCGGAGAGCAAGCUGCGAAGAAGACUGCGCAGGCCAAGAAAGCGCAGCUCUGGACUGCGUGUACGGAGAGUGCUACAGAAGCCUUGAGGAUCGCGUCGCAUUCCAUUGAGAUCAGGCAGCAGCGUGUAGAGUGCGCUAUGGCAGUUGGUGACUUGGAAGGUGCUGUCGGUGAUAUGACGCGGCUCUCUCACCUCGCGCCCCCAACGACCGCUUCCCUAAUCCGUAUAUUCCGCCUGUCAUAUUUCUUCCUACCUCCCUCUCCAUCAUCCAUGUCCACGUUAAAGCAAUGCCUACAUCUAGAUCCUGACUCUAAACCAUGCCUAACCGCUCAUCGCUUAGUCAAAGCUUUCGAUAAAGGCUUCGCUAAGCUAGAACAACUGUUGGCUUCGGAAGACUGGAAAGGUGUCGUGACUCUGCUAACCUCCUCUGGCAAGGCCAACGAUCUUGCCAAGCGUUUUGACGAUGCCAUGCAAUCCAAUACCGCUCGUGAGCAACUGCUCGAGCACCCCUCUUCGGCCGUACCACUUCCCGACCCAACGAAAUCGAGCCCUCGUAGGAAGGAAAUAGUCAGCGCGCUAUGUAAGUCCUAUGUCAAACUCGGCAACGUCCGCAGCGGCGAGACUUGGUGCGAGGAGUUGCUGAAGAUGGAUGGUGCUGGCGAUGAUCCCGACGGGCUUGUUGGUCGUGGCGAGGCAUUGUUGAAGAAAGAGGAGUACGAGGACGCUGUUCGAGCGUUCGAGAAAGCAUUUGAGAGUAGUGGGAGGUCAAAUCGUGAUAUACACGCUCGAUUACAAAGAGCCCAGAAGCUGUUGAAGCAAUCCAAGCAGAAGGACUACUACAAGGUACUUGGUGUUUCACGGGACGCCGACCAGAAGACCAUCAAGAAGGCAUUCCGCAAGGCCGCCAUGACUGCCCAUCCCGACAAAGGGGGGAGCGAGGCCAAGAUGGCGACCGUCAAUGAAGCGUACGAGGUUUUAUCAAACCCUGAAUUGAGAGAACGGUUCGACAACGGAGACGAUCCAAACGAUCCUAUGGGUGGCCAAGGCGGUUUCGGCGGACAUCCGUUCCACGCCGGUGGAAGUGGACAUCCAUUCUCUCAGUUCUUCCAACAGCAACACGGCGGGUUCCAGGGUGGUAGCUACCAGUUCCACUUCGGACAUUGA